UGUAUGGCGGGGCGAAGAUGGGAGGGUAGCAACAGUUGCCCCGGUGAAGGCAAGGCGCCAUAGUCACGGUAGUCCUGGCGACAAGAACCAAGCAACGGGAGUCAACAACAACAACAGCCUAAAUCUAAGGAAAAAAAGCUCAAACGACUAAAAAGGACACUAUUGGGAUACAUUAAAGCAGAACUAGUGCCUCAAAGCAUUGGUUGCCAUGGCAACUUCUGGAUACUCGGAGGACCUUCAGCCUCAGCAGGCCAACACAGUAACUAUGGCAACACCUGGUGCCACCGCACCCUCAUCUGCAAAGACGGCACACUUCCUGUCCGAUGUCCCACCGACCUCUGGGACCAUUUCAUCUGCGAACCAAUCGUCCGCUGCCGCAAAAACGGGACGGGACGCACUUUGUUCUCAAGCGCUGCCCACCAGCCAGAAGCCAGUGGUUCUGACAACUCCCACGCAACACUAUGUGCCCCCAGAUAUCCAACACACUGCGGUCCAGAAAAGUAAUGGUCAGAGCAACUCGCCUCAGUACAUCAUAGUGACUGUUACAGAGGGCUCUGUUCACUCCAACGACAGCCUGUCAGACUCCAGCCCGCCGGCCUCAGGUGUUCCUGCUCAGGUGGUCCAACCAGUGCAGACCAGCCAACAGAGGUCAGUGUUGCAAGCAGCCAAGAGGAUUCAGUCCGGCCACAUCAACAACCUGCAGUCUGUGCACAUUAACCAGGAGGUGGAGCAUGUGUACUCCGGUCAGGUGCAGUAUGUGGACGGAGGAGGAGACACCACCUUUACCACGUCCUCCAUUCGAUCGAGCAGCUACCCUUUCUCCGACUCGCCCCUUUACUCCCAGACCCCCCCCACCUCCUCGUCCUACUAUGAGGCCACGCCCAGCUCUGAGUCAGACCUCACCGGCUCUGUGACCUCGCAGCCCGUUUCUGUGGCAACAGCUGGAGCCAAUAGCGGCGGAGCCUCUGUGGGCGGAGGGGGCUAUGUCAUUCAGGGAGGCUAUGUUUUAGGAGGCGGAGCAACAGGUGGAGGAGGACAGAGUUACUCCAGCCCUAACUCUCGUGCCCCACCUGCUACUGUGCAGUGGCUGUGUGAUAACUACGAGGGGGCGGAGGGGGUGAGUUUACCCCGCUGCACCCUCUACUACCACUACCUGCUGCACUGCCAGGAGCAGAAACUAGAACCUGUUAACGCCGCAUCCUUCGGCAAACUCAUCAGGUCCGUCUUCAUGGGGCUCCGGACGCGGAGACUGGGGACCAGAGGGAACUCAAAGUACCACUACUACGGCCUGAGGAUCAAAUCUGGGUCCCCGCUGCUCAGACUGAUGGACGAACAGCAGCACAUGGCGCUGAGGCAGCAGCCUUUCUCACAGAAAAACAGGUUAAAGCCACUUCAGAAGGCACAGGGGAUCACCAAUGGCACAGCAGGUGGGCUGGGUCAGCAGGCCUCAGGACUUUGUGAUAUUUCAGCUCAGGUGCAACAGUAUCAACAGUUUCUGGAAGCAUCGAGGCCGCUGCCUGACUUUGUGGAAAUCGAUCUGCAAGCUCGGCCCCUGCCUGACGGGAUCAUCGUAGAACACCUGAAGGCCUUUCAGACGCUCUACAGAGAACACUGUGAGGCCAUAAUGGACGUGAUGGUCAACCUCCAGUUCACCCUGGUGGAGACGCUGUGGAAAUCCUUCUGGAGGUUCAGCCAGAGCAUCGACACAGAAUCCCUCAACCUGCACAAUGAGUCGGAGAAGCGUCUGCCCAAAUCCUGCCUGGUGGUGCUGUGUAAGUACGAGCCGGUGCUGCGCUGGACCAAGGAGUGUGACAACCUGCUCUACCAGACCCUGGUGGAGAUCCUCAUCUCUGAUGUGCUGAGACCCAUCCCCAGUGCCUUAACUCAGGCCAUCCGCAACUUUGCCAAGAGUCUGGAGAACUGGUUGACAGGCGCCUUGAUGAACAUCCCAGAGGAGAUGGUUCGCAUCAAGGUGGUGUGUGUGGGCUCCUUCUCCCAGACGCUGCGCCGCUACACCAGUCUGAACCACCUGGCCCAGGCCGCCCGCGCCGUGCUGCAGAACACCGCCCAGAUCAACCAGAUGCUCUCAGACCUGAACCGGGUGGACUUUACUAACGUGCAGGAGCAGGCUUCCUGGGUGUGUCAGUGUGGAGACAGCGUGGUGCAGCGGCUGGAGCAGGACUUCAAAGUGACGCUGCAGCAGCAGAACUCUCUGGAGCAGUGGGCCUCGUGGCUGGACGGGGUGGUCACCGAGGCCCUGAGGCCCUACGAGCAGAACCCCAGCGCCCUGCCCAAGGCUGCCAAGGUGUUCCUGCUCAACUGGUCCUUCUACAGCUCCAUGGUGAUCCGGGACCUGACUCUGCGCAGCGCGGCCAGCUUCGGAUCCUUCCACCUGAUCCGCCUGCUGUAUGACGAGUACAUGUACUACCUGAUAGAGCACAGGGUGGCCCAGGCUAAAGGGGUGACACCCAUUGCAGUCAUGGGAGAAUUUGCCAGCGCUGUCAAGAGCCGCAUCUCCCCCGACCUGGACAAAGAAGAAGAGGAGGAUGACGAGGACGAGGAGAGCGACGACGAGGGAGGGGAUCUGGUGCUGCAGUCCAGCUCUCUGAGUGCGAUGGACGACGACAAGGACUCCAUGGAGCCGCCCGCCAAGCUGCCCAGGACCACCUUCAGUCUGCACCCUCUCACCAACAGCACACCUCCUUAGCUGCUCAUCUGUAAAAAUAUCUACACACACACACACACACACACACACACUCACACACACACACACACACACACACACUCACUCACAUUUGCUUUAAAUCAUGUCAUCCUUAACAUCAUGUCAUCCCAUCCUGUCACUCUUUGUCUGCAAACAGCUGAUUUUCGGUGUUGAGUGUUUGUGUGUGUGCAAUCAUGUGAAAGUGGGAGAGCCCUUUGCCGAUUUUGUGCUUUUGUGCUGCCAUUUCUUUCUCUUUUGACUUCACCACAGUCCUUCCCUGGUUCCCUGUGCCUGUAAUUAUCCAGUGGCUAGCUACUCCUGUGUCCAGCCUCAAAUAUAUUUAUAUACCUAAAUAUAUAUAUUAUAUUCUUAAUUCCCUUCUGCCCCGCCUUAAUCACUGACCUGAUAUCUGUGUGGAGAUUAUUCAUUGUACUCUUAACUCAUAACUAUCUCUGACCUUGCCUUUAAAGCCAUGACUAUGCAGGGGAGCUGGACUUAAGUGAAAUAUAAAAACACUUUUUAAAUCUCAGAGUAGCAUCUGGACUGAUACUGGAUCAUGUAUGUUGAAGCCAUAUUUUACUUCAUGCCAUUUCUUAUUAAUUUGGCCAAUGAACUAAUACCCUGUGCCUUUGAGAGUUUUCUUGAACAAAAGCUUGUAUUCUAUAUAUUCUGUAUCGGUGGAUUAAUAAAUGAUGGUCCUGUGAAGUGGUCUCGGUGUUGUCAUGAACUUUUACUAGCUGUGACAAAAAAAUGUAGACAGUCGAGCCUCGUGAUUCUGCAGUUUGCUGUUUUCCAUCCAUCAUCCAUUCAUUCUUUCAAUAUCAACAUUUCCUUUACACACACACACACACACACACACACACACACACACACACACACACACACACACACACACACACACACACACACACACACACACACACACACAGGUGCAGUGCAAGUUGGAUGGGCCACAGCACCCAGCAGCACUUACUACACUGUAUCCAUGGCAACCUUUGUACCAGCUUAGAUGUACCAGCUCAAAGUUUUUGAAGUGGAAAAGCAGUUGUGUAUUUUCUGAGUAUCAAUGUUGUGUAACAUUUAGUAGAAAAUCUAUAUUACGUAUCUUUUGUGAACACUGUCACACAUCCAGACUAUUUGUGUGCUGUCUAACCAUUGUUGCCUUAAGAGAAAACAUGUUGUGCUAUGUCUACUACACAGAUUAUUGAACUAUAUUUUUUAUUGUGAUGAUGGACCCACAUGCUUAACCAGCAGCUUGUCACAUGGCGUAACAGGAAGUGUUUGACGGUCCUUCAGGGUGGUCCGACUAUAUACCCCACCAAAGAGCACUUAAUAGAAAACAAAGGUUGGCCUAUAUUUACAUGGCUUCAUGUGGUGAGGGCAGAUAGAAUCAACCGCCAACUGGGAUGUCACUACUAUACAAAAUGUGACAUUGAAUCUGUCCUCAACCUGUGCUGCUGAACCUUUUCUAACCGAGGUCCUCUUGAUGUGAUUCUGAAGACUGUUGUUAUUAAAUCUAUAAGUGUUUGUAGCUAUAUUUUCCAUGUUAACUAAAAGAUGCAAUUACUCUCAAAA